AUGCUGAACAGGACUCUUCAGAUUUUCAGACAAACGUACUCAGUGUACUCACGGAUUUCGUCCUCCGGAUCACAGAACUCAUCCUUUUUCGUGGCUUGGGUUGUGGAGCAAUCAGACAAUUUGUAUUCCAAAUUUAUUUCCCCUAUACUUCUGAGAAUGAGAAACGCUGACCCCAUGACGAUUCUGGCGACGAUAGAAGCGGCUCGUCAUCGCAAAUUGAAACUGGAUUCUACGGCACAGAAGAAUGGCGAAAGCUUGGUAGCGCUACUUGAAACAAGGAUCACAACCCAUAUCAGAAAGGAGUUGGAUGGUCCAAUUAGGGAUGCCGAACGACAGCUGAUUGAGAGGGCCCGGGUUUAUGCGUCUGCCAUUCCGCAGAAUUGGCAGGAGGGUCCCUACCAGUCAGGCCGAGCUAUCUGUGAUGAGCUAAACGUGCUUGCGAGGGGUCUUGAAGGAGCGUUGAUGAAUCUUGGGACAAGCACUGAUAUUCUAACUGGGAACCUGCUGGUUCGUUUGGCACUGGAAUAUUCCACAACUUUGCUUCGGGUAGCAACAAGGGCAGCAUCCGAAAACUCGUCGCUGACAACGAGCACUGUGCAAGAAGGUGUCUUCGAGACCUUUUCCCUAAUCGGCAAGACCAUGCAAAGACUACACCACAAGUACGGAAAAAUUCCUUCUCUCGAGCCAGUUGCUGCCGCCCUAUCUUCGCAAGAUCUGCGAGAGAUUAAGUUGCUUCAGGCAGAAUUUUCCACUGGUCAAGUUUCUCCUUCAGUUGCUCGUGCGACGCCAGUUGAAAAGAAUCGGAUACCUUCCGGUGUCCAUCAUUUACUGUACACUACUGCACAAUAA